UCUUUCUGUUUAGCUUUCACACUGAAACAUCAGGGAAAUACCGAAUUAGUCAAAUGAAUCAAUUAUUCUUCCAUAAACUGUUCAGCGCUGCAACACUCAUUGAGCGUAAUCAUUAAUCAGCAAAGCUUCGUCUGCAGCGCCAGCCAGAUCUAGGAUAUAAUCAUCUUCAUCUAGACAAAUAGCCUUUCUCCAUUAUACUUUCGAAAACAGAGGGAUGGUCUUCGGACAGUAAGUUAUUACUUCCAGAGAUGAAAUACUGGUUCCUUAAUGAGACAAAUAAUGAAGAUUCCUGCGCAUUAUUGUGAAGCUUCUCAACGACUUCUGCAGUUCGGUAGAUGGUCUUUGAUUUUCUCUUGGAACGCAGGUCACCACUUUGUGUUCGUGUGGUGAAACAUGUAUCAUUUUUCAAGCCGCGCUCAGUUUGGCCUCGAACAACAAGUACUGACAAGUUAAUUGACACAAAUUAUUUAGAGGUUGUGCUUUACCCGAUGUCGACAUAUUGUCAUCGAUUCCGCGAAAAAUGAAAAAAAUCGUAUUUCAACAUAGAAUUCAGAUUGAAUGUGACGUAUUUAUUCAUCUGUUUUCAUAUUGACAUUUGGGCCACUUGCUGGACACUUCAGAUGGUGUGAUGCAGAACAAUGGUGGUAACAUUGGCAUCUUCAGUGUCUCUUGAACUAAUUUUGACAACUUUGUCAUUUGCUGAAUAGGAUGAAAUGAAACGCCUUGUGUGACGCUUGUAUCUAGGCAACAAAAAGAUUAUAAACCAGGAAAAAAGAAACGCCAUUUGUAUGGUCGGCCAUUGUUGGCGGUGUGUGUGCUGAGGAAUCGGAUCUGUCAUUUGGAAACUCUCAGUUUUAUUUCGCAGUAAACAUGAUACAGAUGUCUAUAGAUGGCUUCGAGAAGAUAGGGAAAUCUUAGAUUAUAUAGUUGUGUAUCAUAAAGGCAAAGCGCACUUUAGAAACAAGGACUAACUCUCGUUUGAUUUUAUCUACAGAUAGAAAAGAGAGAGAUGGAGUAUGGGAACCUUACAUUCCAAAUUCCGUUUAAGACCACCGAUAACCCGCUCUACAAUUCCACUCUCAAACCAAAAGACUUGAAGGACGACGCCGGUGCUCUGUACUAUGUAGUUGCUGUCGUACUUAUCUUUGGCUUCUCCAUUAUUCUCCUGAUAUUUUCUCACGUCAAGAAUAACAGAACCGACAGAUACUUGAUGCUUCAUAUAAAAGAAAUGGAGAAACUUCGCCAGCAGAGCAAAGCCUUCAACACGUGGCCUUCGAACUCGUACAAAAGAUCUGAGGCGCGGCUGUCAAAGAACCGGAUGCCUUACAACGACUCCGAUGCAGAUUUUAGGGUCUACCCGUUAGACAUCGUUGAGGAGUACAGCAUUGAUAACUCAGAUGAGGCAAAUAAACUAACGCCACUAUCGUCCAACUCGUCACAUCUGGAUACUGUAUUCGAGUUUCCAAAGUAUAUGUCGCUUCGUGAAACCAAACAUUUAACUGAGACAGAGGGUUACACCAAGCCAAGUGAAAGCGUCGAUGAGCCAACAGCAUCACACGUAAACACUGAUUGCUAUAACACUGUGUGUAAAAACGCAGGCUACAAAUUAGACAAGUCUAAAGAGACAUGUGCACCAAGUGAUAAAAACAUGGAGCAUUUUGAACAAACACAUUAUGAGAAACGUGACAUUUACCCAGCACCUCAUAUUGUAUCACGUUCCCAGCAUAUCCCUGCGCACGCCAUGUCAGUUCCAGUUUCUAAACAGCGAGAAGCCGAGCGACGUCUGGCUUUGAAUGUGUCCCGGCUCAGUAUGUACAGUCGGCCAGUGUGUCACUCCGUCACUGACGACGAUGGGACAGACAUAGAAAUAUAACAAGUAAAAACACUGUAAACGAUGGUUCAAGUGAAAUUACAGCUUGGCAACUUUGCUGCAAGAAUGUCUUAGUGCUGUGGUUAAUUCUCUUCUAGAUCUAAAAUUUACAAUGACGAGGAACCACUUUUAACAAGAUAUUUAUUUAUAAUCACAAAGUGUGAACAAGACGGAUUACAAAAGAGAGGAAAUGAAAGAAAAUGAAUGCCUUUUUUGACAUGAUGGGAUGGCCCUACCAUCUUCCAGGACCUGUGAGGUUGGAUAUAUUGAUAAACUCGGAGGAUAAGAGAUAUUUCUGAAAUUGUGUUAAGAUAAAUGUACAUGGGUUACUAUGUUCCUUUUUUCUUUGGUAAACAGUGGAUUAAGCCAAAUGCUUAAGGUGAUAUUUUUUGUGUGCUAUUUCGUAAAAUUUACAGGAAGCGUCAGAGUAUUGAUCUCUCAUAAAAAGAAUUACCAAGGAAGAAUUUACAUUCAUGACAUUUGCAUGACUUUCACUUGAUAUUGCGUUGAUGUGUACUUGACAUGUAUAUUUGUUCGAACUGUACUGGUCACAAUGAGAUACAUUUCUGUAUUGUAUUCCCGGUCUGUGAUUCUUCGUGCCUUACUCUGACCCUCAGCUCCCUGUCUUAAUACCCGUCUUUCUCUCCCAACACUAUCUGGACCAAGUGUAUAUGGUCUUAAUGACAGUUUUUUUUCAUUGUGAUAUAACUCUCGAAGGCGUAUCGUGUAUUUUCCUGUUAUACUUCUUAUCUAAGUCAAAACAGACAUGCCCACGAACUGUUCGAAAGAGAUCCCUAAACGAUUUUAAGUAUGACUCAAUGCAUCAUCUUGGAUUCCAAGACUGGAUUUUAGGAUUAUUUGAUAUUCGAUUAAUCUGGUUUAGAGACUGUAAAGAGACAAAAGAUUCCUUGAUGAUUUUCAGAAGAAUUCAGACUUUGUUGUUGAAUGCAUGUAAUAGACAGGUGAAAACCACAUGUCGUAUCUGUGACAAGGCAGUGUGUUCUGGCAUUUACCAGCAGGAAGUUAAGAUUAGCGGUUUUGAACAGGUUAAGAAGAUGCCUUAGUUUUUCAAGCGUGUUCUUAAGCAGCAUGUAUUUAUAUACAAUUUUAUUGAUAUCGUAUGAACAUUUAUAUAUUUGCUAUUCAUGUUCAAGUUUGCGGGAUUUUUGCGAAAAAAUGUUAUAAAUGAAUUGUUCUUAUAACGACCAAGACAAUUUUGUAGUACUUAUUCACAAACAUCCUUCCGAAGUAUUCAUAUAUCCCAUUCGUUUUUAAGAUUUUCAAGUCAGGUGAACAACUCCAUGCAUUCCUUGCGUUUUUACUUUAUGUAAAAUGCGCUUUCUGGCCAGGAAAAUUGAUUACAUUUUCCCUUAAAGGGUGUAGCCUAAAACUCCUUUGAAAUAUAAAAAAUAGGUUAUGUGCAAAGGAAAUUGGAAGAGUAAUUACAAUAUUAUUCUCAAGAACGGUCCCAUCGAAAAUGUUUUCCUUAAUCAAAACGUACAUUUGAUAACGGUAACAUUUAGACAUUUUUGGCAAUAAGACCAAGAAACAA